AUGUCAGAAGUGGCUGCUCAAGAUCCGGCAUAUUGCCAAUGGAUUCUGCGAACGGCAAAGGAUGAUUCUGCUUCACUGUCACUCCGCAUUCGAGCUCACUGGCUGAAAGAAAACAUGCCGCAGCUGCAGGAGCAAAAGUCCGCCUCGAGCGAAGGCAGACGAUUUCUUUCACAACUGGUGGCAGAAGAUCCUUCUUACUGCCAAUGGAUUCUCCAAGCGGCGGAGGAGGAGCAUGCCUCUGACAAGCAGCGAAGUCAAGCCAGCUGGCUUCUGAAACAUGCGCCGCACUUGAAGGAGACGCCCGUCGUGCUCAUGAGGAGCGUUCACAAGGGCAUACCGCUGCCGCAGGUUGUCGCUGAAGAUCCGGGAUGGUGCCGCUUCGUUCUGGACCAGGAGGCCAAGUCCAAAGCCUUCGCGUCAGCGGCCGAAUGGCUUCGCGAGAAUGUUCCCGAGCUGCUCAAAGUUUCGAAGGACGAUGCUGCUGCUGUUCAACAGAUGAGUGAAAGAAUGCUGGCGCAGUAUGGCCAAUGGUUUGUGGUGCGUUGCGGCAAGCAUCGGAUGAAAACAUUUGCGGCCAUACUCGAGGACCAUGCGCCUUUCGUAAGAUGGAUCGAGCAAGUCGUGGAGGGUGGAGAUGCCUACAAGAACUACCAGCUAUUGGCCGCCUACGCCCUUCAGCAGCGGGGCCAG